AGUCAUUACAGCGCCAACGCUCGGUCAGGCCGCUUCUCUGCCACCAACGACGACGCAGCAGCAGCUCCCAGGCAAAUAAGAAAGUUACACUGUGCGCGUGGUGAAAAUUGAUCGCGAAUUUAAAAAGUGCCUACAAAUUGGAAAAACUAGCUCAUUAACGUGUCUGGUCCCGACAACUCGAUCGGCCGAGCGGCAAAACGUCGGAACGUGCAAACCUCGAGAUCGGAAGCGAGACGCUUGCGCAGAUCUCCCGAGAUCAAGUCAACAACACAAUCCAAUAAACCAAACAAAACGAAAUAAAUCGUGCAAACAGCCGAAGCAGCGUUCCAGCUUCAUCGUCAGCUUCAGCUUUAGCUUCAGCUUCUGCCCCAGCCAUUGAUGCAGCUUAUUUAAAGGCAACGCGUCUUGUCGUUAAUCGUUCAGAACAUUUCAAGCUGCCCAACGCGCAGCAACGCGAGUGAAAACGCAAACCGCAAAAAUCAAAAUAAAAUACUUAAAUAAAAAUAAUAAUAAGAGCAAGUGGAUUGCCGAAAAUGACUUAAAACCGCCAGGCGACGUGCUUGCCCUCAGUUAAAGACAUUUCUUAUUUUUAUAUUUAUUCGUCAUACAAAGCUUGCUAAAUCCCCGCACUGCUUUUGACUGAUUCUUAUGCAAUUCGUGCUGUUAAUACGAUUACAACACUCAGAUAAAGUCUAAUAAAUUCAGAGUGUAAUUCGUGAAGACAAGAAACCCGCACAAACACUACCAAAAAUGUCGGCGUCUAAGGAAGCGAUCUGUGCGAGUUCCGAAAAGGAACCCGAGAAGCCAGAAUUGGGCUGGGCAACCACCCGCUACUUCGUCACAUUCAUGCUCUUUUUGGGCAUGGCCAAUGCGUAUGUGAUGCGCACUAAUAUGUCGGUGGCCAUUGUGGCAAUGGUGAACCACACGGCGCUCCAGAAGGGCGAGGAGAUACUCGACGAUGAGUGCGGCGAUCGUGAAUUGGAAGUUGACAAUGGCGAGGAUGGCGAGUUUGUCUGGAGUUCCAGCUUGCAGGGCUACAUUCUGUCAUCGUUCUUCUAUGGCUAUGUGAUCACCCAGAUUCCCUUCGGUAUAUUGGCCAAGAAAUACGGUGCAUUGCGCUUCCUGGGUUGGGGCAUGCUCAUCAAUUCGGUCUUUGCCUUCCUGGUGCCUGUGGCAGCCCGCGAGGGCGGCGUCUAUGGCUUGUGUGCUGUCCGUUUCAUCCAGGGAUUGGGCGAAGGUCCCAUUGUGCCCUGCACGCAUGCACUCCUGGCCAAGUGGAUACCGCCUAACGAACGCUCGAGGAUGGGAGCCGCAGUCUAUGCGGGAGCACAGUUUGGCACCAUUAUCUCGAUGCCAUUGUCUGGUUUGUUGGCUGAAUACGGUUUCUCCGGCGGCUGGCCGUCGAUCUUCUACGUGUUUGGCGUUGUGGGCACAAUCUGGUCGAUUGCCUUCCUGUUUCUGGUCUUUGAGGAUCCCUCGGUGCAUCCUCGCAUCGAUGAGCGUGAGAAGCGUUACAUUAACGACUCGCUCUGGGGCACAGAUGUGAUCAAGAGCCCUCCAAUUCCGUUCAAGGCUAUCAUGAAGUCGCUGCCCUUCUAUGCGAUUCUGCUCGCUCACAUGGGUCACAACUACGGCUAUGAGACUCUGAUGACGGAGCUGCCCACUUACAUGAAGCAGGUGCUGCGUUUCUCCCUCAAGUCCAACGGUCUGCUCAGCUCGCUGCCCUACUUGGCCAUGUGGCUGUUCUCCAUGUUCAUUUCGGUGGUGGCAGAUUGGAUGAUCAGCUCCAAGCGAUUCUCACUGACGGCCACCAGGAAGAUCAUCAACAGUAUUGGCCAGUAUGGACCGGGCCUGGCUCUGAUUGCCGCCUCCUACACCGGCUGUGAUCGUGCCCUGACCUUGGCUAUACUCACCAUUGGCGUGGGCCUCAAUGGCGGCAUCUACUCCGGCUUCAAGAUCAAUCACUUGGAUCUGACGCCGCGUUUUGCCGGUUUCCUCAUGGCCAUUACCAACUGCUUGGCGAAUCUGGCGGGUCUCUUGGCGCCCAUUGCAGCGGGCAAUCUGAUCAAUAACAAGCCCACCAUGGGACAGUGGCAGAUUGUCUUCUUCAUUGCCGCAUUUGUUUACAUCAUCUGCGGCACAUUCUACAAUGUGUUUGGCUCCGGCGAGCGUCAGUUCUGGGACAAUCCCGAGAACGAUGAGCACAAACCAAGUCUGGGGAAUGACAACAGCAACAACACACCUGCAAGGCUGAGCAAUGGCAAUUCGGCGCCGUUGGCCAUAACCGCCAGCGAGUCCAGGCAGUAAAAUGCCUGGUAGCAUUACCAUUACUAAAUACUACUAAAUACACACAAGAUAGUUUAAGUUAUUGUUUUAGUUUAUUAUACUCUAAGCCAAAAGUUGUUAUUAGUGCCCAUUGCCCCUUUAUUCCCCUUUAAUGCAUAUUCCUAACCAAAAAUAAAAGACAAUAAUCAUAUCAUAUAGAAA